AUGAAAAGUUGCACCCAACGAUUUGCUUGCUCUUCAUCGUCGUCGGGUAAGCCAGCCGUGGUGCUUGCCAAGUGGCUUGGUGUUACAUCAUCAAGAUGCGGAGGAAUUGGUGGUAGCAACAGUGUGAUGAUGAGUAAUUCUCAAUAUCGUAACAUGUAUUCGUCAUCUACAUCAUCAACUACUCAAUCCAAUUAUUUAUCCUCGACGAUACCGAAGAAUGUUUUUUCUUCAUCACUCUCUUAUCAACAACAUCGAGGAAAUUGUUUUAGCACCAAUAAUUUCAUAAAGACACAUAGCAACAACAACUCAUUUUGCUUGUGGAGCAACAAAAUUGCCUCAUAUCAUACUUCUAUGAAAUUCAACGACGCAAAUCCUUCAAAUCCUUCUCCAUCUUCUGAAGAAUCUACUGCGGAUCAAAAUCAAAGAAUUAAAGAGGCCAAGAAAAUCAUCGAAGAAAGAAUGAGAAAAUCAUCAACAGCAACUUCUCUUUUAACUCCAAUGAACGCAAACAGUAUGAUGAAUAUGGUAAAAGAUAAAUCGAUUGCAAUCGUAAAGGCAAUUCCUUCUUUCAGUUGGAAAGCAACGGUAUUUACAUUCAACACUUUGAAAACUCUAAUCCUAAGACCAUCAGUAGUGAAAGAUUGGUAUGCUCGCGCAAAGGAGGUGACGGUUUCAGAAAUCAAACAUUACGUAGCAGGAAGUAAAUUAUUAGUAAGCGAUAUUAAGUAUGCCUUUUCUUUAACAAUGAAGGUUUUGAGAGGAAAUGCUUUGUCUAGACGAGAAAGAAAUCAAUUGUUGAGAACAGUUUCAGACAUUUUCCGUUUAGUUCCCUUCGUAAUUAUUGUUAUAGUACCAUUCAUGGAGUUUGCGCUUCCAGUACUUUUAAAACUUUUCCCAAACAUGUUACCAUCCCAAUUUGAGGAUAGUUUAAAGAAGAAGGAAAAAUUAUUGAAAGAAGUUAAGGCUAAAGUUGAAUUGGCAAAAUUCUUACAAGAUACUGUUGAGUUGAUGGUUCAGGAUUUGAGAGCUAGUGAGUCCGAGGAAACUGUUGAACAAUCAGAAGAGUUGAAUAAUUUUAUUCAAAAGAUCAGAAACGGAGAAAGUUGUUCAAAUGAGGACAUUGUUAAAUUUGCCAAAUUAUUUAAAGAUGAAAUUACAUUGGACCAUAUGUCAAGAGCUCAGUUGGUUGCAAUGUGUAAAUACAUGGGAAUAACACCCUACGGAUCAGAUGCAAUUUUGAGAUAUAGACUUAGAUCAAAACUGAGAAGAAUUAAGGCUGAUGAUCGAUUAAUUUAUUGGGAAGGCGUAAAUUCUCUGUCUACUGAAGAACUGAUGUAUGCUUGCAAGGAAAGAGGAAUGAAGAUUGGAGUUUCCAAGAAGGAGUUACAGAAACAAUUGAGAGAGUGGAUAGAAUUGUCUUUUGACAAGAACAUUCCAUCAUCGCUAUUGAUUAUUUCCCGAGCUUUUGUUUUUAACGACAAGCUUCAAAGUGAGGAAGCUAUUAAGAUGGCACUUGGCUCGCUCUCUGAUGACGUUGUUGAAGAAGUUGGACUUCAUACAUCAUCAAUCCAAGAUUAUGAAAAGAAACUUGCUUCAUUGAAACGUAACGAAAAGUUAAUCAAGACAGAAGAGGAAGAAAAGAAGAAGGUAGUACUGAAAGAAGAGGUUGUGGCUGCUGUUGCUACUUCGGCUGCAGGAGAAGUGUUAUCAGCUGCGACUGAGGCGCCAGCAGUGAUUGAACCUAAAGUAUCUCUGGAUCCUGAAUUCGAAAAGGAAGAAGUGAAGAAGGCAAAGGAAGAGAAAAUUAGAAUUCUCAAUGAAAUUCUUGCCACACUCGCUUCAAGAAGCUCAGUAGAGCCUGAAAGAGAGGAAUUAGAAGAUCUCAUCUCCGAUCAUAUUGACUUGGUUGACCAAACUAAACAAGAUCAAGAACAACCUGUUGCAUCUGUUAGCAGACUCAGCAACAGAGUAGGAAGAUUGAUCGAACAAAUUGAAAAGGAUAUUGACAAGGUUGAUGAAUCGAUUGCAGAUUCACUAAAUCUCUUGGAUAAGGACAAGGAUGGUGUCAUCACAGUUGACGAAUUGAGACAUGCAUUGAGUGUUCUCAAAGAAAAGCCAUCUGAGGAACUGAUCAGAGAAAUCAUUAAUAGAAUUGAUGCAGAUAAGGAUGGCGUGAUUACUGUUAAAGACAUUUUACUCGAAUUCAAACAAGGCAAAUUGAAGGAAUAA